AAAGCUUUUUAGCAUUUUCUAUUUAACUGCUAAUUCUUCACGAUCUUACCCGCCAAAAGACCGCCAUGGCCAAGUUGUGUCCGAUCCAACGCCUCCACCUAUUCAAUUCUGACACAACCCUCCAUCAAAAUACACCCCCCUACCACCAAAAACAAGUAAUUCAUUCACCGACUUUUCUUGCUCUUGCUAUCACUGACGCCUCUCUCCGAACCACGUCACUCCCAACUUCUUCUCUCCAACCCUUUCCAUCUACACCAGAUUUUCGCUUCUUAAAUGAAACAAAUGAAUUCGGAAGUUUGGGCUCGGUUAGAUUAAAGCAUGCCCAGAUGAUAAAAAUAAGCAAGAAUGGGAAUUCAGACACAAUGGCUAAAAAUUUGAUCUUGUAUUACUUGGAGUUUGGUGAUUUUGAAUCGGCUGCCAAGGUUUUCUUUGUCGGUUAUUCGAAGAAUUAUACAGAAUGGAGUUCUUUUUGGAAAGAAUAUGAGAGUUUCGGGGGGACAGUACAGCAAGUUCUUGAGGUGUUCGGUGAGUUGCAUAGUAAAGGGUUAAUGUAUGAUAGCAGAGUUCUUACAAUGGUUUUGAAGAUUUGCACUAGAGCAAUGGCAUUUUGGGAAGGUGUGGCGGUUCAUGCUAGUUUGAUCAAAAGAGGCCUAGACUUCGAUAUGCAUGUGACGUGUGCGUUGAUGAACUUUUAUGGAAAAUGUUGGGGUGCAGAAAGUGCUAAUAAAGUAUUUGACGAAGUUUCGAUUCGAGAAGACUUGUUGUGGAACGAGGCAGUCCUGGUAAACUUGAGGAAUGAACAAUCGACAAAGGCCAUUGAAUUGUUUCGAGAAUUGCAGUUUUGUUUUGCAAGAGCGUAUAGCAGAACAAUUGUGAUGUUGCUGCUAGCAUGUGGAAAAAUGGGAGCUCUCAAUAAAGGAAAGCAAAUACAUGGGUAUGUUCUAAAAUUUGCUAUGGACUCAAAUUUGCCAAUAUCUAAUUCCUUGAUUAGCAUGUACUCUAGAAAUAACAAGCUUCAACUAGCUAGGACAGUUUUUGAUUUGAUGACAGAUCGUGAUUUAUCUUCAUGGAACUCAAUGAUUUCAAGUUAUGCUGCCGUUGGUUGUGUAAAAAAUGCUUGGGAUCUUUUCAAUAAAAUGAAUUCAUCCAAUGUAAAACCUGAUAUAAUAACCUGGAACUGCCUUUUGUCAGGCAAUUUUCUUCAUGGUUCAUAUACAGAAACCCUGGCCGUUUUGCAUAAAAUGCAGAGUUUGGGUUUCAGGCCAAAUCCAAGCUCUGUCUCUAUUGUUCUUCAAGUUGUUACCAAAUUGGAGCACUUGAAAUAUGGGGAAGAACUCCAUGGCUACGUUAUAAGAAAUGGACUUGAGUAUGAUGUAUAUGUAGCAACUUCGCUGAUAGACAUGUAUGUGAAGAAUGAUUACUUAGAUAGUGCUAGAAAAUUUUUCGAUAAAAUGAAGAAUAGGAAUAUUUUUGCUUGGAAUUCAUUGAUAUCAGGUUAUAGCUUCAAAGGUUUGUUUGAUGAUGCUAAGAAGUUAUUGAAUCAGAUGAAAGAGGAAGGAAUUCAAACUGAUUUAGUAACAUGGAAUAGUCUGGUCGCGGGAUAUUCAAUUUGGGGUCAGAAUAAGGAAGCUUUGGCAGCCAUUAAUCAAAUGAAAGAUUCAGGAUUGGAUCCUAAUGUGGUUUCAUGGACUUCUUUAAUAUCAGGUAGCUCACAAAACAGAAAUUAUCUGGAUUCCUUUAAAUAUUUCAUCCAAAUGCAGCAAGAGGGAAUCAAGCCGAACUCUGCCACGAUGUCCAGCUUGCUUCAAACUUGUGGAGGCCUAGGUCUGUUGCCAAAGGGUAAAGAGAUACACUGCUUCUCCCUAAAAAAUUAUUACACUGAAGAUGUAUAUAUAGUGACAGCACUAAUUGACAUGUACAGCAAGUCUGGCCAUUUAAAAAGUGCAGAAGUGGUGUUCAGGAAGAGUGCAAAUAAACAAUUAGCUUCUUGGAAUUGCAUGAUUAUGGGUUUUGCAAUUUAUGGCCAUGGGAAAGUAGCAAUUUCACUUUUUGAUGAGAUGUGUGGAGCAGAUAUCCAACCAGAUGAAAUAACCUUCACAGCUCUCCUUUCUGCUUGCAAGCACUCCGGUUUAGUUGAUGAAGGAUGGAAAUACUUUGAUAGAUUGAGCACAGAAUAUGGUAUAACGCCCACAAUAGAGCAUUACUCAUGCAUGGUGGAUCUUCUUGGUAAAGCUGGUUAUAUUGAUGAAGCUUGGGACUUUAUUCAAACAAUGCCGGUAAAACCAGAUGCUACUAUUUGGGGUGCUCUUCUUGGAUCCUGUCGGGUCCAUGGAAACCUGAAGUUAGCAAAGAUUGCAGCAAAGAAACUUUUUAAGUUGGAACCAUAUAAUUCUGCUAAUUAUGUUUUGCUGAUGAAUUUGUAUGCUAUGUCAAACAGGUGGGAGGAUGUUGAACGCAUUAAAGAUUUGAUGAAUGAUGCAGGGGUGAAAAUUGGGCAGGUAUGGAGUUGGAUUCAAAUUGAUCAGCUUGUUCAUGUGUUCUCUGCCGAAGGGAAACCUCAUCCAGAUAUAGCUGAAAUAUAUUUCGAGCUGUAUCAGUUGGUUUCUGAAAUGAAGAAACUUGGGUAUGAGCCGGACCUCAAUUGUGUACGUCAGAACAUUGUUGAAGCAGAGAAGGAGAAGGUAUUGUUGAGUCAUACUGAGAAAUUGGCCAUCACUUACGGACUGAUGAAGAUGAAAGGCAAGGCUCCCAUCAAGGUAAUUAAGAAUACAAGAGUGUGUUCUGAUUGUCAUGCUGCUGUAAAAUACAUGUCUUUGGUUCGAGGCCGAGAGAUUUUGCUGAGGGACGGGAUUCGGUUUCACCAUUUUAGAGAAGGCAGGUGUUCCUGCAAUGACUGCUUGCAACAGGCGAGUUGUUAGCAUUCUGUGAUUAUAUUUUUUCAGAAUUUUAUUUAUUAGAUAUUUAGAAACCAAUCCUUUCUCUUGUUCAGGAGGGUGGUGACACCUCAUUUGUCAGCUAAACUUAGAUGUUUGAGUUUUUCUCUAAAAUGAACAACAGCCUAAAAGCACAGCAUGCUGGAAAACAAAGGCAGGCAAUAAUUUACUCAGAAAGCCACUGCAUAUACCAAAAAACAAGCAACCAAAUUGUACUGCUACUGAAGAGGUUCUCUACUGAAUCUUCCUGCACAUAGACGGUGAAACUACAACAUGCAAACCAGUAUCGCAAAGGCAACUAGUAUUUGUUACAUAAAUAUUUACAGA